AUGGAAGGGAAGGGUGUGAAAACCUAUGCGGAUGGUGGAAGUUAUGAUGGAGACUGGCACAAUGAUUCCUUUCACGGACAAGGAGUUCGAAAAUGGGCAGAUGGGGACGGAUACAGCGGCAGUUGGAUAAAUGGUAAAAGAACUGGACAUGGUGUCUGGACUUGGGCUAGUGGUGAUCAGUAUGAUGGUGAAUGGCACGAAGACGUGCGAACUGGAUAUGGUAUUUACAAAUGGCCGAGUGGAGACGUCUACAGAGGCAACUGGGUUGCCGGAAAUAUGGAAGGGAAGGGUGUGAAAAUCUAUGGUGAUGGUGGAAGUUAUGAUGGAGACUGGCACAAUGGUUUCUUUCAUGGGCAAGGAGUUCGAAAAUGGGCAAAUGGAAACGAAUAUUAUGGGGAUUGGAAUCUUCCGAAAAAAACAUUACCUUCUGAUCUUCAAAGUGAAAUUGAACAAUUUUUUAACAGAGAUGACGUUUCAAAACCUUGUCCAGACAAAAAAAAACAUAUAAAUGGUCAUCAAAUUCGUUAUCGAUUAAAUCAUAUCACUGUUCUUCAUCAACAAUUUGAAGUGAAUAUAAAAAUUGAUAUUGAUUACGAUACAUUUUGUCGAUACGUUCCUGCUUAUAUAAAGAAACCAAAUCACGAUAGUUGGGGCACUUGCCUUUGUGUAUUAUGUUUGAACCCUGAAAUGAAAUUCGAGAAACUUCAACAUCUGAAGCAAAAAUUUCCACGUAUUAAAACAGCUUUAGAUGGCUUACCAUCUGAUUUAUCUACAAUAAUUAAAGAUGAUGAUCAAAAAAAAAGAAUUUCAACAAAAUUUAAUGGAAUUGAAAGAGGAAAAUAUCAAUUUAUCAUAUUCUGA